GCCAACUACCGGAUAUACACCAACGUGAGAAUUCGCUUUGUCAUUGUACGCAGUCGCCAUUGUCGUGGUUGUAUCAUACGCGAUCUUUUUUUCUUCCGUUUCAUAGAAACAGUAAAGGCUUUCAGGGAAACCUAGUAAACGUUUGGCGACAAUGACACUGAAGUAAUUUUGUAAGAAAGCGUUGUAAUAAACUGAAGUUAAAAGGGCUGUUUUAUGCUUUAGGCCUUGAAUGUGCUGCAAGACGGACUUGCGCCUGUUUGGAUUUGUUUAAAUGGACCGUUCAUUUAAGGACUCAGAAGAUUCCCAGCAUCACCCGCAGUGAGUAAUAUGACUGAGGGCAUGCGAUAGCAGAUCUGCCCCAUCAUGAGACGCAGCGGGCGGGUUGUGAAAAACCGUUCUAUGCAGAACAACGCGGGCGAGCCUACCGAUGGUUACGCCGAAGGAUUGGGGUUCAAAACUGAUUCUCGCGUAACUCGACGAAAAAGGAGAUGUGGCGAGGGACCCCAAGGUCUACAGGCGAAGCAGAAGUGCGAGGAGCCUCGGACAGAUCAUCGAGUGGAUUUCCUCACCGGUGACUCGAUGGAAAAUUUAGACACACAGUCACGGGCAGUGUCUGAUAUUGUUACAGAAGAUGAUUUGUCAAAUGUGGAAUUGCCAGACCUGUUCGGUCUUGGAGAUUUAAACUGGACACAGUUACAAGUACUGGAAUCCAUGGAAGAGUUUUAUUCCGAGGAUAAAGCGUCUCUUCGAGACUUCGGCUUGGACACCUUACAGUACACAGAAGAUCCUGUUGGUGCCGCUGUCGACAGCUCCCAGUCUCAAGCUUUUAAGCAGCAGAGAGAGGAUUCGCCAACGAAAGAAGAGCCUUCUGGGAAAACUAAUCGCAAUGCCAUUGCGGCUAGAAUUAACCGUUUAAAGAAGAAAGAGUACGUGCAGGGUUUGGAGAGCAGAGUUGCCCGUUUGUCGACGGAGAACCAGGAGCUGCGUGAGGAGAACACGCACCUGAACAAACGCGUGGAAAGUUUGGAGGAUGAGACGCGGUAUCUGCGCGCCGUGCUUUCCAACGACAGUGUGCUGGCGCAGCUUCUUGGGAGGCUCACGGGAGUGAACGGCGUCAAGUUGUCCACAUCGCUGUUUCGGGAGUGCGUCGAAAGUGACCACGAUUAUACACGACCGAUGAGGAGCGAGAUGCCGGAGGGCGACCUAGGAGGAGUCUGUCUACACGUGGACAAGAACCACGUGUCGGUGGAGUUCUGCUCCAAAUGUGCCCAUAGUGCGGGCUCUUCAUUCAAAAUUUUUUUUCUAGGUGAUUGUUCUGCCAUACUGGGCUGGUGGGAGUUACAGAACACCAAUGCAAAAAUGCCACAAUCUCCAUGUGGAAAGCGAUGUGGUGGAGCUGAAGAAACGGGACCAGCUGCUGGCAUCUUGUCCUGGUUUUUAUUAAAAGGUAGUAUAAGGGAAUGUAAGUGUUUAAAAUUUUCAGUUUUUGCCGGCACUAGACAUAAACAAAAUGAUAGUUUCAGGGAAAUGAGAGCGAAGGAGGUAAAAGGCAAAGUCAGGUUUGACUAGCAUAUCAAAACAAGAUAUUUUAUAUACAUGCACAAACAAUGGCUUAAAAAUGAAAUGCGCUUUUUAAACUUUAUUUUUGAACCAAAGAAAUAUAUAAAAUUCUCUUGCACCCAUCAAUUAAAGCAGCACCACAUAAGUUAAAUAUUCUUUAUGGUGCUCAAUAUAGAACUAUUUCUGUUAGCACUUAAAAUAUUUCACGUAGCCAGAUUUAUUUUCUCAUUAUGUCACAUUUGUUUAGAUUCAAUAAAAUAUUUGUUUUAUGGUAAAGGGCAGAGUUUGCAUAUUGUUUAGUUCAAAGUGAUUCUUUUUACUUUGAAAGAUAAUUUUGUUCAACUUCUUCUUGCUUUGAUUUAAGAGAAUCCAAUGUCUUGUGUAUGUUGUCAAAUAAAAAAUUUGGUAAUUGU